AUGGUGGGAGGCGGCGCGGUUGCUGCUGGAAUGGUGUACACAAUGUUUAGCCUUCAAGCAUUCAUAUUAUCUGUGGUAAGCUUGUCCUCGAUGCCCAUUGAAGAAUACAUGCUCCUUCCGUUGGCACUUAAAAUGAAGGUGCUCGAUCCUCAGGCCGCGCUGAUGACCACAGCAGAAGUACAUCAAUUUCUGAGUAGCCACCCCCCUCGACCUAAGCAGAAGAAGAUAGGGACCUACCAGCCAGUGGAUCUGAAGAACUACAAUGUUGUGCGGGAUGAUUUUCAACACUAUAUUGCCACGACGGUACCCUACACUCUCUCCAUGCCGGAAGCCUUCAUAAAGAAUGUCGUACCCAGACUCCGCCGAGUUGGCUUGACCAAGACAGAGGCUUUGAUGCUGAUCAAUUUGGGUGUGGGAGCACACCGAAAUGGCAGCCAGCAGAAAGCCGGUGAUGCAGCUCCUCCAUCAUUCAAUGGAAAUGGAGAAGAGCUAGGCGAGGAGGCUGCGGAAGUGGAACAAGAGCAGGAUGAUCGCCAGUUGUUAUCCCUUGUGGUUGAAGAGCUCGAGGAAAGAUUCCCUGGUGAGGAGGGCGAGGCCAUGAUUGACAGCAUUCUACAGAUCAUCAAGGAUGCCUAUCAAGAUUUAAGGCCUUCCAACGAAGAUCCGCAUAUUACAACUUUGAAUGGAACAUUGCCCACAUGA